AUGCUCCGUCAGAGCCACCUACAAUAUUGUCAUGAGAGCCAUACGUGCACACGUAGCACACGCAUGACAGCACGAUCAGCUCUCCUCACUCGCCGCCGGCCUACGGAUCCUUAG